AUGUCUGAACAAGUUGAACAUCUUGAACACAAUGGCAGCAACAAUAGCUCGAAUCGUCUGCCUCUACGAAAACGCAUCAGCCCUGUAUUGAAAUGGCAACCUGUAGAAACACCAGAGGAAAUUCAACAAACAUCAUACCCAUCACAAGCACAACUGCAACAACCAUACCCUAUACAAAACUCUUUGGAUCAUCUAGCGUCUGACGGUGCUGGCGAUAUAAUGGAACUUGAUCAAGAAAAACACCAUGAAUUAUCAUCGUCAAUAGCAUCACAAGAGCAGCAUCUUUUCCCUCCAGCACCGCAACCAGCAUCCCCAUCUGUUCCUACGGCAAGCACAUCAACACCAAAAAGAACCAUAGAGAAAGACGAUAGUCGACCUGUAAAGAAAGUCAAGCGAGGAAGACCUCCAUUACAUAAGAACACUAAUAACAACAAUACCACAUCUGAACCUGCAACACCAUCCACACCCACAACACCGCCCAGCCAGCAACAACAGGCACAACAAAGGCCUCCCAAUGACAACAACAAUGAACUCUACUGCAUCUGCAAAAGACCAUAUGACGUGAAAGAAUUCAUGAUUGCGUGUGAUAAAUGUAACGAAUGGUUCCAUGGCGAAUGUAUUGAAAUCAGCGAAAAGCAGAGUGAAUUCAUUGACCUGUAUUACUGUGCUAACUGCGCCAAACUUACAGGCAAGAAAACAUUGUGGAAACCCAACUGUGCUAAUCCAGCUUGUAUAAAACCCGCCAGAAUUGGUACAGUGCAAGGUCAUGAAAGCAAAUACUGUUCAGAUACGUGUGGCCUGCAAGUAGCUCGUGCUCGUAUUGAAUUAGCAGAAUUAAAGAAGAGGAAUGCCACCAUGUCUAUGGAAGACCAACCCUACAACCCACUAUCAAGAGCAAGACUCAGUAGCUUUGCAGACAUGGAUGAUCGAGCAAGACUGAACAGGGUCAAGGAGGAAAAAGUGCAUGCCAAAGCCCUGAUCACUAUGGUUGAACACAAAUCCACGCUGCUGAAAUUAUUAAUACAGCAGCAAUCAGAUGAAGAAGUCUGUGGUUUUGACUCGAGAUUAACAUGGCCAGACACUAUCUGGGAGAAAGUGGAUCAAGUCAAUGAGGAUGAGCAGCAUGUCAUUGCACUGCUGGAUGUCAAUGGUGGUCAUGUCACUUCAAAAGGGUUCACAAAAUGCCCUGCUAGUCGAAAAUGUACAAAGCAUUUCAACUGGCAAAAGACGAAAACUGCUGAACUGGAACAGGAACGAUCAGAACAAUUCAUUAUACUCACUAUGCUUGAACGAGAACGUCAGCAAAUCAAAGCGCGCAUGAAGAAGAGACGUGAAGAAGUAGACCUGGUAGAUUACCUUGAAAAUGGCACUAUUUCUCAUUUCUAA